CCUAACAACUCCCCUGCCUUGGCUGACUGUUGCCAAAAAGGGUCAACAUCCUCUUCAAAUAGCGAAUAUAUAUAUAUGUUUAAGGGCUUUGUUAGAAGGCAGAGCCAAAUGGGGGAAAUGACAGAGCAAAAUAACUUUUCUGAAGUUAUUAGUCGGAUAUUUAAAGAAGCGCCAGCCGCCAGGAAAGAUCUUGUUGAUAACCACAGCAACCUCCUCCGCGUCGCAGAUUACUGCGAGAACAAUUUUCUCCAGUCAGAUGAUUCAACCAAAGCUGUAGAGGAGGCCAAGGGCUUGGCUGCUCAGGCUCUGGCCAGUGUGUCGUACCAGAUCAACAGUCUGGCCAGCGCCCUGCUGAGGCUGCUGGACACCCAGGCCAUGCAGAUCAAAGAUAUGGAGUCCUCUGUCAACCUGCUGUCACUGAAACAAGAAAGUGGUGUGAAAGUAGAGUUAUUGUGUUCACACUGUGAUCUGGUCCAGGCUGCUGCUAUCCACAUCGAGACGGUGGCCAGGAGAGAGAUUGGGGAUUUCACUACACCCAAAGACAGGAGUCGCUCCAAGCUUUUGACCCCACCGACUUCAGGCAAGGAGCCAGAGAGUAGUUACACAAGAGUGCCAAUCUCAUACUCCAUCUUUGACUCCACUGGACACUGUUUUGAGUUCCCUGAGCAGCAGCCCAGAAAGAGAGCAGAGACAACAGAGAGCAUACACGCUACUGCAGAGUACUCUGUAUCCAGUCUUGGCAUCGCUGUGCCCCCACCAUCAGUCCCCACCUUGCAAACUGCCUCCAACUCCACCGACGGCAGCCCGCCUCCCCCGCCUCCUCCCACUGCUGAUUUGAACCCCAAUCUGCCCGCUCCCCCUCCACCACCACCACCCCCUCCUUCCUCCAUGGACACUGGAGUGCCCCGACCUCCGCCCUUCUCGACCUCACCCACAUGUCUCCCCCACCUCCUGCUCCUCCGCCAAUAUGGUCGUCAAAUGGCUCCUACCCGCCUCCGCCUCCGCCUCCUUCUGUGGCAGGAGCUGUGCCCCCUCCUCCUCCUCCUCCACCACCUUUUAACCCUGCCACCUCCUCCAGGAUCAGGAGCUGCACCCCCUCCUCCUCCUCCUCCUCUCCCUCACACUGGCACCUUUGGUAUGUUGCCACCACCCCCUCCGCCACCUCCUACAGGAUCAGGAGCUUCACCCCCUCCUCCACCACCCCCUCCACCUCCACCUCCCCCUGUCAUUCGCUAA